GACCUCUACUGUCCAGACAGCCUGCUGGCGGGUAGCGAGGACGCGGCGGGCAAUUUUGCACGCGGCUACUACACCCUUGGCUGCAAAGUGGUUGGCUCCCUGGUGAACUGCACCCGUCGUGUGGUGGAGGCCUGCGACCAAUUUCAGGGCUUCCUCAACAUGUCCAGUCUCGGCGGUGGUACGGGCAGCGGUCUGCUCUCCAUGUUCCAGGAGCGCCUUUGCACUGAGUUCGCUGGCAAGCGGACCAUGCAGUUCAGCCUGAUUCCCUCAUCUAAAUUGGCC